GCAUGCCCGGACAGCCAACGGCUGUCUGGGCAUGCUGGGAGUUGUAGUUUUGCAACAGCUGGAGGUACCCUGGUUGGGGAACACUGCUCUAGUACAUUCAGGGUAGAAGGAGCUAGGUUUACAGCAUGCUGGCUAGUGAUAAUUUCACAGGCCAGAGGAGCAGACAGGGAAUGAAUGCAGCUGGGAGUUGUAGUUGUGCAACAGCUGGAGGCACCCUGGUUGGGAAACACUUAUCUAAGUUCACAUUGAGUAUUUUUGGAAAAUCAGACACAAAGCUUUGAGAUGUAGAUUUGAUGUGGAUCCGGUCUUUCACUACUCAGAUAUCAGGUGGAUAUUGGAUCUGUAUUGAAAAGUUCUACAUAACACAAAAAAAGAAAACAGGAAUCCAUAUGAAGAACUGUGUGGAAUCUGACUUAACAAUAUUAGACCUGUGUGAGGUUUUAACAUCUGGAUGUAAACAAGUGUUUCCAUUCAUAGGCAGCAAGCAGAGAUCUUGAACAUUGUAAGCAUUUGAAACAAAAGUUUAUUUGAAAGUUGCAGAGCUGUUUAUUAUACUUUUUGAGCAUAAGAUGAGAAAACCCUCAAGAUCCAGCUGAAAGUAUGCCAUUCACAAUGUCACGUACAUCAUGCCUUUGUUGUUGGGUCUCACAUGGGUGAAAUUCUUGCUGUGUGCAGCCACCACUAGGGGGAGCUUUCUGUAUAAUCUACACAUUGUAUGCAGUAAGCGUCUCUGGAUUGCUAGCUUGCUACAGACUUGCUUUUCAGUAGUUUGAGAGUGUAACCUUCUCCGAAAGAGACAAAUGUAAGAAUAAGAAACAAAGGCACAAACCAACACAAGAAGAAGACUUGUCAUUGGCCUGGAUUUACUGGGGAUCUGGACUAUUUUUGGUGUAAAUGUAUCAGACAGCUUAAAGAAGACGUGUGGGAUACAGCUGUAUAUGUGGCUGCAGCUGCUGUUCCGGACAGUGACCAGCAGGGGCCGCUCUGCCGCAUCACAGAACCAUCGAGUCGUCGUGUACGGUACAGACGGUCACUUCCGGUUGAUGAGCAACAUGGCCGCGUACCGGAGAAAACGUGGCUCCAAUGCUGAACUCUCCGGCCGGAGCAAGAAGCCGAAAAUACAGCAGAAAGAAGCGGAGAAGGAUGAAGCCGGGGACGAGUUCACCAUCCCGCCGCCCGUGUCCGAGGGCAAGUGGACGAACAAGGAGCGCGUGCUCAUCUUUUCAUCCCGUGGAAUUAAUUUCCGGACCAGGCAUCUGAUGCAAGACCUGCGGACAUUAAUGCCGCACUCCAAGGCCGAUACAAAAAUGGACCGGAAGGAUAAACUGUUUGUCGUCAAUGAGGUCUGUGAAAUGAAAAACUGCAACAAAUGUGUUUAUUUCGAAGCCAAGAAGAAACAGGACCUAUAUAUGUGGAUAUCAAAUGCCCCUGAGGGACCAUCUGCAAAGUUCCUGGUGCAGAACAUCCAUACACUGGCGGAGCUGAAGAUGACCGGGAACUGCCUGAAGGGUUCACGUCCGCUGCUUUCUUUUGAUCCGGCGUUCGAUCGGGAUCCAUACUUGGCGGUGUUAAAGGAACUCUUCAUACAGAUUUUCGGUACCCCGAGAUACCACCCAAAGAGUCAGCCUUUCGUGGACCACGUAUUCACCUUCUCCGUAGCAGACAAGAGGAUCUGGUUUCGGAAUUAUCAGAUUAUAGAGGAGGACGCGUCCCUGGUUGAGAUUGGACCCCGGUUUGUGCUGAAUCUCAUCAAGAUUUUCAAAGGCAGCUUUGGAGGACCGACGCUCUACGAGAACCCUUACUACCAGUCUCCCAAUAUGCAUCGGCGCAUAAUCCGAUUGGCCACAGCAGCAAAGGUUCGAGAGAAGCAGCAAGUGAAGGAACUUAAGAAAAUGAAGAAGGGCGAUGAGACGCAGGUUGUUGCUUCUGACCCCACAGCAGAUGUGUUUGCCACCCCAGCCGAGAAGAAGCCUCAGGUCAUUGAGACUCAGCCACCUUUACCGAAACCCAGAGUGAAACGGAAGGACAAAAAGUUCAAACGCCAAAGACUGGCCAAAAAACGUGUAUGAACUGUGGGGAAGAACGUGUGUACAGGGCUGUGAGGGAGGACGUUCUGUUUUAUACAUUAAAUGGAGAAUGGGAGAAUC